AUGCAAACAUUACUCGAUCCUCGUCGCCCCACCCCCAAACACCACUGUCGACCAGUGACGAUCUCCUCCGCACCCCCACAUCGUGCACCCGCGUCGUUAACGUCAACCAAUCGCACGAAUGCAUUCCCUCACAUCUCUUUCUUGAUCGAGUCGAAGAGUCUCAUCGACGUGGCUAGCUUGGGGUUUGUUGGAACAUCUGUUGCACGACUCGACUGA